AUGCCGCCGCCGAUGGGAAUGCGGGCGCUGCUGCUGCUCCUGCUUCUCGCCUUCGCCGCCGGCACGUCCAGUGCCGCACCUAGCGGAGCAAGCCCGAUCAAGAACGUGGUGGUGCUGGCGCUGGAGAACCGGUCCUUCGACCACAUGCUGGGCUGGAUGCGCCGCCUGCUCGGCCUCCCCAUCGACGGCCUCACCGGCGCCGAGUGCAACCCCAACCGCCUCUUCCUCUACUCCGCCACCUCCCACGGCGCCGUCGCCCACGACAAGUGGAACCUCCUCCGCGGCUACCCGCAGCGCACCAUCUUCGACUCCCUCGCCGCCGACGGCCGCCGCUUCAACGUCUACUUCAAGACCAUCCCCACCACCCUCUUCUACCGCAACCUCCGCACCGUGCGCGCCGCCGCCCAGAGCUUCCACUUCUACGACUCCGCAUUCAGGGACCACGCCCGGAGGGGGCGGCUCCCGGCGCUGUCCGUCAUCGAGCCCAGGUACUUCGACCUCACCGGCACGCCCGCCGACGACGACCACCCGGCGCACGACGUCGCCAACGGGCAGAGGCUCGUCAAGGACGUGUACGAGACGCUGCGGGCCAGCCCGCAGUGGAACGACACCCUGCUCAUCGUCACCUACGACGAGCACGGCGGCUUCUACGACCACGUCGCCACGCCCGUCGCCGGCGUGCCCAGCCCCGACGGCCUCAGGGGCCCCGUCCCCUUCUUCUUCAAGUUCGACCGGCUCGGGGUCAGAGUGCCCACAAUGAUGGUAUCGCCGUGGAUCAAGAAGGGGACGGUGGUGGGGCGGCCGCCGAACGGGCCGACGGCGACAUCCGAGUACGAGCACUCCUCCAUCCCGGCCACCAUCAAGAAGAUCUUCAACCUCAGAUCCGACUUCCUCACCAAAAGGGAUGAAUGGGCAGGCACAUUUGAGCACAUCUUCACCCAGCUUGACCAACCAAGGACAGAUUGCCCAGAGACUUUGCCAGAAGUGCCAUUUGAGAGAACAACACCAGCGAAAGACCACGGAAUUCUCUCGGAUUUCCAGCGUGAGCUCGUCGAAUUAGCAAGCUUCUUGAACGGCGACUACAUGUUGACGAGCUCCGCUCAGGAGACGCAGAAAAAGAUGACCGUGAAGCAGGCCGACACGUAUGUGAGACGAGCCAUCACAGGUUUUCUGCAGUUAUAA